AACAUACAAACUUCCAACGUACGUGUGAAUGUAAAAGGUCCCGAUUGCGCUACAGAGAAGGCGUCAGUCUGGAUAGUGUUCAUCUUCAACGAUGAUGAGAUUAAUGGUGACGAGCUAGGGUUUCUGUUCUUCCCCAAUUGCUAGGGCUUUUCAAACGCCAAAUUACGACCUUCGUUCUUCACUUCUACUGUCCUAUCUCUCAAUUCCGUGCUAAUUUCGUCACUCUCCCAUUGCUCUCUCACUGAUGGCCAAAACCAGACCAGGCAAGAAGGACCUGGACGCUUACACCAUCAGAGGCACCAACAAGGUUGUUAGAGUUGGAGAUUGUGUGUUGAUGCGCCCAUCGGAAACGAGUAAGCUUCCGUAUGUUGCGCGUGUCGAGAAGAUCGAAGCUGAUAAUCGGAACAACAUUAAAGUUCGAGUGAGGUGGUACUAUCGACCGGAGGAGUCGAUUGGGGGGCGGAGGCAGUUCCAUGGUGCUAAGGAGCUCUUCUUGUCUGAUCACUACGACGUGCAGAGUGCGCACACCAUUGAAGGGAAGUGCAUUGUUCAUACGUUUAAGAACUAUACUAAGCUUGAGAAUGUUGGUGCUGAGGAUUAUUAUUGUAGAUUUGAGUACAAGGCUGCUACUGGAGCUUUCACGCCUGACCGAGUUGCUGUCUAUUGCACAUGUGAGAUGCCUUACAACCCAGACGACCUCAUGGUGCAGUGUGAGGGCUGCAAGGACUGGUACCAUCCUGCUUGCGUAAGCAUGACUAUCGAGGAAGCAAAAAAAUUGGACCAUUUUGUGUGUUCUGAAUGUGCAUCCGAUGCUGAUAUCAAGAAAACUGAGAAUAUAUUUUCAGCAUCACCGGUGGCCGAGGACAAGGUUAGUACUGUUAUCUGUUGCUUUCUAAGUAGAAUUGGUAGUUGAAUAUGAAUCAUCUUCUCCAGCAUAUUAGCCUUUUUGAUUCACGUCAGUUGUUCUUCUUUUUUUUUUUUCUUUUUUUUUUCCUUUCUUAGAAUUUAACGAUUAACUCAGUAGCACACGACAGACACGAAGACAAAUGAAAUACAUGCAAUGCUUGCCUUUAGUUAAUUCUAAAUAUGCUGAGCUUCAGUUUGGUUUCUUUCCAAUCACUUAAGUCAUGUUUUUUAUUUAACUUCGAAGAUUUUUAUUUUGAUUCACUUGCUAUUUGUUUUCCAAAAGUCAGUCUUGUGAUUAUUAAACAACGGCCAUUGGGCUUCCUUUUUAUGAUAAUCAAUCUGCGAUUAUCGUCUACUUUCUCAUGUCUAAUGAAUAAUUCAGGUGCUAUUGUUAUGUAUUUGGUGAGUUUAUCCCAAAUGGUUGGUCGAAUGCCUUCUAAUAUCUGUUACUUCUACUGUUGUAUUUGUUUAAAUUAGAAUUCAUUGAUUGAAAUAAUUAUAUACCAGAUAAAUCAUUUUGUUUUCUGCGUCUGCCAAAUAUUCCUCUUAGCUCAAGAAAAUUCUGACAGCUACCUAAAACGUGUGUAUAUGAUAAAAAGAGUUCAGAGUUUUUUUGUCAAUUUGAUUCAUUAAUGAACAAAUUCAUUUUUCUCAUAAUAAUUAUGAAAACAAACAGUUCCUUAUCUUCAAAUGUUAUUUUUUUGGGCUUGCCCAUGUCAUAUUUGGUCAAUUGCUUAGUUGUUUCUGUAUAGUUUUUUUUAACUUUCUAGCGCAAGUUGUUUCAAAAGACCCUAUGAUCCAUCCAACUAAGAGGACAUCAUUUGUUGGGAGGCCAUCUUCCCGAAAGUUAAGGCUCAAAAUAUUAGAAGUACUGGAAUCUCCCCUACGCCGCCCACCCCCUUUGGACAAAAUCAAUGAUUUCUUAUCUGUCAAUGCAAGUACAUUAUUAUCAUGACACCUUUUUUCAUUGUUAUCAUUCUAGAUUUGAACUGUAUUGUGUAAGUAAACUUUUCCAAUAACUUGACAGUUCCCUCUAAGUUCAAGGAGGUAGUUUAUUUGGAAAUAUCAAUACUCCUUUCAGUUUUUCAAUUUCAGACAUGGGUGCAUGGGAACGCCAUUGUUGAUAUGGUGAGGAAUGUAAUUUGCUUUCUAUGGUCUGAAAUAGAUGACUUUUGGACUGAGUUUAGUUCUCUGCGUUUGUCUCAUCUUUCAUUUAGUUUUUAUUUAACCAUUCUACAAGAGUAUAGCUUUACAAGUCGUGUUGCAUUACUCUUUUUUUAUUUUGUUCCUGUUGCUUAUCCACUUAAAAGCAAAUGUAUUGUCCAAUUAUCUUUCAUAAAAACACCAUGUUGUGAUUAUCAUUUGCGUUUCCAACACAUCAAGGCCAUUGGAUCGAAUGCUAUUUCUUAUAAUUGGUGGUUAUCUCCUUUUAUCUUAGUUGAAAAGUCUUCCAUCAUCAGACAAUAAACCAUCUUUAUGUUGCUUCAUUUUUUUAUUGAAUUUCAAGUUUAUUUGUUGAACUUUAAAAGGUUUAAAGUAGGUAUCUAAUUGAUCUCUAAACUUUCAAUUUUGUGUUAGGUAGGUUUGAUUCAUAUUUCAUAUUUAAAUUCAUAAAUCUAUCCGACACAGAAUUCUUAUAUGACCAGAACUAUUCAAUUUUUAGUUUAAUAGAUAGGUCUAUGAAUUCUAAAAAAUUUCGAACAUGGAAAUAACUUAUUUGACACAAAAGUAAAGAUUUAGCAACCUAAAUUUUAAAUCGAGAGACCUAUCAGACAAUCCUGAAAAGUCAAGGAUUGAACUUGUAAUUUAACCCAAUGGAUGAAACUUGUAUAGAUUAAUGCUACUGCCUUUUCCUUUCGACUGCCAUAGCAAUCUGCAUUUAUUUUCCUUUUUAUGCACUGUUAAAUGCUUACUUUUUCCCAGCCUUUGAAUUACGGGCUGCAAUACCACUCUGGAAAACACAUGCUUUAGUUUUUAUCAUUAUCAUUCAGCAAAGUAGUAAAAGGAUUUUGUUAAUAGUUUCACGGUCAUUGGAAGUUUGUUAUUUCAAAACCGACUUCAUUAGUUGGAAUUUCUCAGUAUCACUGAAAACCCUCACCUCCAAUACACAUCAAUUUUCUCCAUUCUGGCUCUGAACCUUGUCAAGCUAUAAAUGUUUCCGGCAGGUAAGAAUCAAUGAAAGAUAGAAGAAAUCAACUUCCCCCAUCGACAAAACUACGAGCCCCACCUGUUCGAGGAAGAUAACAAUCUUAUUGUUGCUUUCAGAUUCCAUUCCUUUAAUGCGUUCUUAUCUGACAUGUUCUUAGAAGGACUAAUAUAAAGUUUGUUAAUGGUUGCAGCUUGAUUCAAAGCGACGGAAGAGAUGACCAUAGCAGGUGGAAUUCUUGAUUGCAUUCAACCAUGGCAGAUAUGGAGAGUUCAAUUGUUAUUUAUGCAGGGGGGUGUAUAGCAUAGCUUGGACUUUGCUGUGUAGAACUUUUGUUUUGUGAUUGAAGCUAUAUAUGUGUGUAUGAUGUCGUCGUAGUAGUAGUAGUAGUAGUAGAGGCUUAGGGAGUUUCUCCAGAAACAGAUCAGUCUGGUCUUGUAUCUUCUUUUGGUAAAAUCUAUAUUUUGUUUGUCUUUGGUUUUAA